UGCGCAGUGGCGGCAGGCGGGGGAUUCGGAGCGGCGGCGGGAAGCGAUGCGGCAGGCAAUGAGGGAAGCGCUGCGCGGCUGCUCCGGCAACCAGCUGGCCCCGGGCGGUCAGCCCCUCACUGCCGCCCCCAUGGCGCCGCCCGGCCCCCCCUGGGCCCGCACCCGCGCCGCGCUGGGGCGGCUGGAGAGAGCGCUGAGCUGCUCCCGCUGCGCCGGCGUCCUGCGGGAGCCCGUGUCCCUGGGGCAGUGCCAGCACGUCUUCUGCCUAUCUUGUGUGGGUGACUGUAUUGGCACCGAAUGCCCAGUGUGCCACGUGCCAGCCUGGGUGCAAGAUGCACAGAUAAACCGUCAACUAGAUAACAUGGUUCAGCUUUGCAGCAAACUGCGGCAUCUGCUGGGUGCAGACACCUCAGAUUCAACAGAAGAUAAAUCUGCACCAACUGACUCAGACUUUGGUAAAAAGGCUAAGAAGGAACAGAUAAAAAUGUGGUUCAGCCCAAGAAGUAGGAAGAUACGAUGUGUCCUGAGCAAGAGUCAGCCUGAGACUAAAAGUGAUGACCUUUGUCAAGACACAGCUUCAAUUUAUGAUUUCUUUCCUUCCCCUCCUCACGAAAAGCCUUCCAACCUGACAAAAAAGCCAACACAGAGACAGACUAAGAAGGUGAAGAAGAAACAUCUAGCAGACAUUAACAAAGUGUGGAGCUUAGAGAAGCCUGAGCAGAAAGGAGGAGUUGAGGAGAAGACUCUCAAGGAAAAGUGUGUGACCAUCUGCAGUCAACCAGUAGUCCUGUGCACUCCGGAACCAAGUAGCCCUGAAGAGACACUUCAGCAGGAAUCUGUAACGGAAGCUGACUCUAGCAAAAAUACAGAGAAUGUGGAAAUACUGCCACAGGUAAAAUCCUCAGAGAAGAGAGGUAACUGUGAGGUUGCGUGCUCUGCACAAGUCAGCAAGGAAAAAAAUUCUGCUACAGACACAUUGCUGUCAAUAGGAAAUGAACCUAUGCCUUUAAAACGUGGAAGUGAACAAUCUGGACUUCCAGUUACUUCUCAGUCAAAAAGACCAAGAAGAACUGAGAGGAGCAUUACUGGCAAGUCAGGCAGGCAGACAGAUUGCACAGAGGAGUUACCUCAGGGCUGCCCUGUCUCCCCAGAGACUGAACACAAGACACCAGUUCAGACUUCUUCCUCUGUAUCGAAACUCACUGACACCAUAAUGAAGACAAGAAGCUCUGCAGCCUUUCAAGCAAUAAAUAGUCCUUCACUUUCAAAAUCUCCCCUUACCCCAUCUACUUCUAAGACUUGUAAUCAAGUAGGAAUACCACACAGUCCUUCUGUGUUGAAGUCCCCUGGUGGUAACACAAUUGCCAGAAGAAAUUACAAAGGAGAGACUUUGCUCCAUGUUGCUUCCAUCAAGGGUGACUUAGCAGCUGUUGAACAACUGCUGAAAAAUGGGGCAGACCCCAAUGUCAAAGAUAAUGCUGGCUGGACACCACUGCACGAGGCAUGUAAUCACGGGCACAAAGAAGUGGUGGAGCUGUUGCUACAAUGCAAGGCGUUGGUGAAUACUACGGGGUAUCAGAAUGACUCGCCACUUCAUGAUGCUGCCAGAAAUGGGCAUGUGAGCAUUGUUGAGCUGCUGCUUUUGCAUGGUGCCUCCCGUGAUGCAGUUAAUAUAUUUGGUCUGCGGCCUGUGGACUACGCAGAAAGUGAAAAGAUGAAGUCUGUGCUAAUGUUGCCAGUGAAAAAUGAAUCAUUUUCACUUAACCAACCCUCUGAGGUACUGAGCCCCAGCCAGCCAAGAGAUGGACCUCUUGGAAUACUGGGGAGCAGUCUUAGUUUGGAGCAACAGAAGUUGCUGAACAAACUAGCAACAGUUCUGAAUGCUCAAAGGUGUACUGAAUUUAACAGCAGAGUAACUCAUCUUGUUAUCCCUGAUGUUCCAAUGCCAAGUACUGUCAAAUGUAUGAUGGCUGUUCUGACUGGAUGUUGGGUCCUCAAGUUUGAAUGGGUACUUGCCUGUCUACAAACCACAGUUCGAGAACAGGAGGAGAAGUAUGAAAUCCAAGGUGGCCCACGAAGAGGCCGGCUCAACAGAGAACAGCUGCUGCCUAAGUUGUUUGAUGGAUGCUACUUCUAUUUUUUGGGAUCUUUCAACUGUCACCAGAAGAGUGAUCUUGUGGAGUUGGUCAAAACAGCAGGAGGACAAAUUCUGGUUAGGCAGCCAAAACCAGACAGUGAUGUGACACAGUCAGUCAACACGGUGGCUUACCAUGCAGAAUCUACUUCUGACCAGAGGUUUUGCACUCAGUAUGUAAUCUAUGAUGUGUCUUCUAAAUUCAAGCCAGAGAAGAUUCGUCAGGGCAAAGUCUGGAUGGCCCCCUCCAGCUGGCUUAUAGACUGCGUGAUGUCAUUUCAGCUCCUGCCUGUAAAAUGAAUAUCAAUGUCUCAUGAGCAAGGCUUUAAAAUGUGGUGAAUCUUGAGCAGUUGGAACACUCUGGUAAACACUGGUCUGAAGCUACGAUUUAUGUUUUGCACUUAGGAAUACAGGAGAGCUUUGACCAUUUAAAUGAGUUACUAAGAACACUGAUAUACUGGAAUAAAUGAACUUACAAUGGAGGAGAGAGAUUAAAUAUACUGCAUUCAAAAAUGUGCUUUGGGUUAUUUAGUAUGCUUUAUUUUUGCAUUUAACCUAAGUGUAAUAAUCACUGACAUUUUGUAACUAAGAUUUUGCAAAAUGAAGUCUUUUGCAUUCUUGAUUUAAACCAGCCCUUCCUAGGUGAUGCAGCAUGAUCCCGUUUCUUUUCUGUUUAAUAUUCAUUGACAAGAUCUACUGUAUGUAUCAAGAUUUCCCAGCCAGGCCAGGGAAUUAGUAUUUUUUAAAAAAAGGAAUCUCUGCAUUUGAACAUAGUCAUUUGCCUGGAUAGACAUGCAUGCUGUCAGAUGACGUGAUAUUCCUUAUAACUUAGAACUGAAUUUUGCAGGAAAUUCUUUGUAAUAGGAUAUGCCUUGCUAAUGGCCUGAAUUCAUCUGAAAGCAGACAAUUUUGAAAACGCUAUCUUUAAAAAUCUUGGUCUAAAAUUCCUUAUUUGUAACAAGAGUAAUGCUUUAUUCGCUUCUCUUUCAUGCUUGUAAAUAUGUAACUGUUGUGAAUGGGUGAUUUAGAAUGUUUAAGGAAUCACUGACAAAGGUAUUAGCAUUAGUAAAAGUGUGACUUAACAAAGUUCAAUGGCAAGGUUCACUCUAUUAAUUACUGCAUGGAAGAAACACACAAAGGAAAACUGAGUUACGCUUGAGUUAAAAUGAUUCACGGAGAGUCUGUGGACACAAAAGGGUAAGGAGGGCUCUUCCAUCGAGUCACGAGGUUCAGAGUCGACCCCCUUGCUUUCUAAACUGAUGGAGCUUAGGUGCGGCUGGGUCCAGUCUUAGGCUUGGACAAUGGUUUAUGUCUAAGGGAUUGUACAUGCAAAGAUUAUGUCAUGUUUCAUUAGCACCAAUCCAGCAUGCAGUCUGUUAUCAAGACAAAAUCAAAGUUACCAUACUGCAAGGUUAUGUGCAAUACCAGUUGCUUACCAAAGGUCUGUCGUUGAUAAAAGGUCUCUCUGCCUUGAGGAGUGAUCUUGAAAGGUGUCCAAGCUCCAGGGGAGAUCACUACCAUGGCUGCCUAGCAGGGAGAGCUCAAAGAAGGCUUACUUAGGUUGUCAUUUAUAGUAUAAAGUGGUUGGCUCGUAAUCAAAUUCAGUACCCUUUCCAUCACAUGCAUGAAGGUCCUCGUACCCACAACUUUUUUGUUUCUUGAUAAAUGAAUCCUGGAAAUGCCACCCCUGUUGAUAUCAGUCACAGGGUCAGUGUUCCAAUCUCAUAUGUACUGAUGCUCACAGUGCCACUCUGCUCCUUUGUGGGUUUUUCGAGGACAGAUUGAAACUAGAGGAGUUCACAGCCCAGCUACGGCUCAGGCCUUUACCUCCUUUGGAGCCUGCACCAAACUACUGCUAGUUCAGUUAAGAGGUCGAGUGCAUCUGUCACACUCCACCCCACGACUACAGUCAAUCCACUUUAUUGACUCAGGGUGGUAGUGAGGUUUCCUCUUGCCUCUUUGUUAUCAAUAUGUGACAUGUUGCGGAUCACUGGUAAACUAAACUUAUCAGAUAAGUGAUCUUAAGUCUCCUAAUUAAUGUUAUUUAUAUACUAUUUUACAUACCAAAUCAGUGGCUUGUAUAUGUUUUACAUACUGGAUUGAUGUAAUUUGUUUCAUUUUUUGUCAAACUCUGAUAUGCAAAAUUAUUAUAAGCAGUAAACAUAAUGUUGCAACAAACACAACUACAGUUGGAUGCAGUAUCAAAAUCAAAAUUCCAGUUACUGUUGGUGAUUAUCCAAAAAGAGUUUCCCCACCUUUCUUCACUAAAAGACAUCCUAUAUCUCCUCCGCAUCGUGAUGGACAGUAAUUAGGGUUCUUUUUCCCUUUGUUCCAAAUUAAUUUUAGCAAUUGACUCAGGUCAUCAUGUUGCAAUGGUUUUCUCACCAUGUAAGAUUCAUUCCAACGAGGGUAGGUAAUAAGUCUUGAUAUGAUGUAUAGUUAGAUUGUAGCAAUUGGUGGGUUAUGACAGGGGCUGGAUAGUUGAAUUGCAACCCAUAAUUUUGAUAAAAUUAUCAACAGAUAGUUGAAUGAUUAUAUGUCUUUACAAUGGUGGUGUUUGUAAAUACAAAAUCCCAGAGGGUUCUCAUACAAACACAUCCAUUCCCAGCAUCUUUAAGUAUAGUUUCAGGGGUUUCUUCAGGAUGUGUUUCAAAAUGACAAACAUUUUGUUCAGCCUUAAGACAAAUGUCUUGGGCCUUAAGGUAUUAAUUUCACAAAUAAAUCCUUGUGUUCCCAUACACACAUGCAUCAACAGUAAUAGUUUGCCAUUUGUUCCCAGUUUGUUGGGGCUGUACUCUGUAUUCUAGCAGACAGAGGUCAGUUCCACUGGAAUUUAAUCCUAGUGCAAUGACUGGGUAUAUGGUGUAUAGCAAAGUGUUGUGUAUUGUCAAAACAAAAGCCAUGGCUUUACUAUCGGUGGGGUCAUAAGUGAGAUUUUUUAGAUACCACCAAAAUUGGGAAUUCUUUUUGAACUGAGUCACGUUAUCCUAAAUUACCUUUCAAAUCUCAGUGGGCAAGGUGCCCUCAUCGCCUUCCCUUAUAAUUGCUGUUACAGUAGAUUGUACCCACAACUGCAAAACCUGUAUGGUGCAGAAUGUACUAUAGUCACCAUACUGAUUAGAGUAAAUCAAAGAAGUGAGGGUCUCUGCCCUGUGGGUCAAGCUUGUUGAUGUGUGGCCACUUACAGUGUGGCUGUUAGAGUUGCAAUGUUAGGGACUGCAGCUGUUAGCAGAGCUGGGUUGGCAUUUAGGUGCCGAUAAUCGAUGUCAGAUGCCACCUCCCAUCUGGCUUUCGGACUGGCCAGGCUGGUGAGUUGUAUGGGAAGUGGGUUAUGGAAAUAAUGUGCGAUUUUUCCAAGUCUGCUAUUGCUUCGGAAAUUCUGUUUAAUGCCGAGGCGGAAAUGGUGUAUUGCAAUACAUUAGUAACCUUUGUAUUGGGGAGCACGGGGGCUGCGCAGAGCACACACACUGUAGCCUCCUGGUUUUUGUCAGGGUUAGGGUGGAUAUUUGAACUGAGGGACCGCAUGCUGCUGUCUGGCAGGCACCAGGUUUGUCUGGUCAAAAAGUCAAAGCUCAAAAUAUUUUCAUUGUGGUUUUUAACUGCAAAGCGAGUAGGUGACGUGCCCUUCUCGCCCAGGAGACACAUAUUAACUUUUGAGGUUUGGCAAAUAGCGCUUGCUUUUUCCUCCAGUGAGUAACUCUCUGCCAUCCAGGUCGCGUUCCCAGCUUCUCAGCAUCCUGUUGUGUUAAUAAUGAAAUAUGUGCUCCUGUAUCUAUUAGAAACGUUACCAAUUGUCGCUGAGGACCAUCUGGACUUGGAAUGCAUUCUGCUUUCGUGAUGGGUGUAGCCUCAUAUUCACGGGGAUAUGAGGGAAACAAAGAAUGGUCUUCCCUCGGUUUGCUAUUGUCAGGGUCACCCCGUAUGUUCCCAUCCCAUUCUUCAGGGGAUACAAUUAAUUUUCUAAGCUGUACAACAUCAGGGGAGUGGGGAGCCUGCAUAAGCAUCAUUUUGACCUUUUCCAACUUUUUUCUCCUUUUCUUCCUGUAACUCUUCCUGCAGUCUUUAAAGACAGUUUCAAUACAGCUGCCUUUCUGCCUUCGGUUUCUUCUUUUAGGUCCUGCUCCCUUUUAUUGUUAUUCUCCCUAUCGCGAUGAGCACCUUCUAAACAGGGAUUUAGCAUUUUGCAAAUAAUGCCUUUCCCCUUUUCAUCCUUUAUAUACACCCUGGCCACACAGCUUCCCAGUCAUGCCAAGUAUCACGAGCCCAUUUGUCUGAGAAUUUGGGACAUGGACUUCCAUGCUUCUGUAAGCAAGUAGUGAUGCAACCUGCCAUUCUGCCGACUACGGCCAAAUUCUGCUCUGUUGACUGAAGGAUUCUAAGUAUCAGGAUUCUUAUUAAAUUAUUAAAAUAAAAAAAUAUUUCUAAGUGUGGGUUGUUGCUAUCAUGGUAACUAAUGAAAAAAAUUGAUCACAAAAGAAUUAUGCCUCACUUUGCACAAUUGUACUUACUUAGCUGGCUACAUUGGAGUGAUGUUUGAUUCUUUCAUAUUUGUUACAAAAAAUUUUUAAUUUGUUUCUCAUAAUUGAUCAUAAGUUAUUGUUGGAAUCCUACUUCCUCACUCUGCGCUCUUAUGUAAUGUCUUGCAUCUUUUGUGUUGCCUUAGUUUGUGCAAUUGUAAUUUUAAAAUGGUGCCUUGCAAUAAUAUACAACGAGAACGAUGGUUGUGGGGUGAAACCAAAGUUUGUUGUGUUUGCUUUUGUAUUGCUUGUAAUAAUAAAACUCCCGGUGCCAGUAA